AUGGAGCCCACAAAGAAAGUCGCAUUUGAGUCGAACUCGUCCGCAAGAGAGAUCGAGAGCGUUCCGGAGGAUGGAUUCGAGAAGUCUGAUCCAACCUUCAUUGCGGCAAGGAAGGGCCAACUUACCACUGGAUAUGAACAUCUCGGCCCUUUAGAGACCAUCAAAACAUUCAAGCUUUGCACCCUUGUGUGCUUCGCCAUGGCCUUUAGUGCGGCGACUGAUGGUUACCAAAUCGGAAUUAAUGCCAGCGUAAUUGCCAACGCCGGAUUCGUUGCGCGCUUCGCCACCAGUGUCGGGAAAAAUGGAAAGCCUGCACUUGAAUCUCCUAUUCUUAGUGGCUGGAGUUCGAUCAUGUCUUGUGGUCAGAUCGUUGGGAUGACUACUUUGCCAUUCCUCUCCAGUCGAUUUGGAAGAAAGAUUGCCAUGUACACUUACUGGGUGAUUCUUGUGGCAAGUGUGCUCGCCGAAUGUCUCGCAAGAUCAUGGCAUACCUGGCUGGUUGCCAAGCUCCUCGCAGGAAUUGGAGUCGGAUGCCUGCAAUCGACCAUCCCAGCAUAUAUCUCGGAAAUCGCCCCUACUCGUAUUCGUGGUGCUCUGUUGAUGUGCUACAGUUUUUGGUGGACCUUGGGCUCAUUCUUUGCCCAGGUUGCCCUUCAGAGUCUCUCCAAAAGUCACCCGACAAAUUAUUUAACACCUAUAUACACUCAGUGGGCUCAGAUCGGUAUCAUGAUUCUGAUCUACGUCUUUGUUCCAGAAUCUCCAGUCUGGUGUGUUAGUGUCGGGAAGCAUGAUCAAGCUAAGGCGCAACUACUUAAGCUCAACCGUGGAGUUCUCAAUUAUGACGUGGACCGCCAAUUUCUAGUCUUGGUCACGGCUGUCGAGCACGAACGUGAAGUUGCAGCUGAGCAGCGACGCGAAAAAUGGUAUGGCAUUUUCCAAGGGACCAACGGUCUACGCACCGUGAUCUCCUGCUGGACAAAUCUCACCCAACAGUUGAUUGGUCUGAGUCUUUUUGGAACAUUUGGAACAUACUUCUUCCAACAGGCUGGGUUGUCGGAUCCCUUCAAGAUCAAAGUUAUCACAAACUCGAUUCAAAUUGGGACCGUGAUUGUCAUAAUUCUUGUUGCCGACCGUAUUGGAAGAAGAUUACUCGCUUGCUCGGGGACAACACUUUGCUGGGUAUCGUGCGUUGCCAUCGGUAUUGUUGGAGUCUGUCCUCGAGUUAAUGCAUCGACCUAUGUGUUUAUUGUGUUCGCUUGCCUGUGGAACGCUGGUCUGGCUGCCAACGGUGCAACUGGUUGGGGAUAUAUUGGAGAGAUCUCUUCGCAGCUUCUCAGACCGUAUACUUCUGGCUUCGCAGCAGCCGUGACCUGCGUUGCUGGAAUUGCGAUGAAUGUGCUCGUGCCAUAUAUGACAAACGCCAACAAAUGGAACUGGAACUUGAAAACAGGAUGGUUCUACGCCGGUCUUGGUUUUCCGUUCGUUGUCGGCAUGUGGCUCUUGAUUCCGGAGACUAACGGACGAUCGGCUGCUGAGCUCGAUGAGCUGUUCGAACGAAAGAUCAAGCCUUGGCGAUUCCACAAGACUGAGACUGCUACACAGCGGAUCACUCAGCUCGAUAAGUCCGACAAGUCAGAGGGCAACUGA